ACCUGCUACUUUCUCACCUGUGGUGGUCCAGCCAAUCAGCUGCUGAAUUUGAGUUCCGUUGCCUUUUUGGAAAAGGGGGAGGGGCUAAGCUCAGGGGUUAAAGGUGAGCCAGGUUGUCUAGUUUUUAAACCCCCACCUCUCCCCCUGUUCUCUCUCUCGCUCUCUCUCUCUCUCCACACAGACAGACACAAUGCGCGAUUUCGUUCUCAAGUGUGUGUUCGUGGUUUUGCUGCUGAAUUCUCCCGCAGUAGUUACUGAGGAUGGAGGACCCGACAGCACCCCCUCCUGGCUGAAGGACGUCACUGCAGUAGAUCAAUUUUUAGAAGAACCAGAUGUGGCCGUCAUAGGAUUCUUCAAGGACUCAGAGGCUCUUGGCUUUACUGAUUUCGUGACUGUCUCCUCUGACCUCUCACCCCUGACCUUUGCCCUCUGCAGUGACCCCGCAACCUGGGAGAAAUACCACAUCAACACGAGCACAGUGUCCGUCUUCAGAAAGACAGACAGCCGACAUGAAGCUCUGGAGUUGAGAGAGGACAGGAAAGUGGAUUCCGACACGAUGGCGAGAUUCAUUAGGAUCAACGAACUGCACUAUCUGACAGAGUACAGCGAUGUGACUGCCAUCGGCAUUUUCCAGUCCGCGGUCUCCACUCACCUGCUCCUCUUCACUGACCAGAGAUCGAAAAACUUCACUGCACUGCAGAGAAAUAUCAGGGAGCUGGCUCCAGAAUACAGAGGGAAG